UUAUUGCGGGGCAGAUUGCCAAAGGAACGACUGGCGUUCGCAUAAGUUGCUCUGCAAGGAUUUCGCUUCGUUUGUUACGGCGUCACCUCGCCCUUGCCCAACCGCGAUGCUUGCUCUGUACUUCCCUAUCCUGCCUUAUGGCCAGAAGGGUCUCGCUGCUCCUAAGAUUGUUUGGAUCGACCCUGAGCACGAGAUGCACAUCGUUGAGCGUAAGCCUGAUGACACACUCGAGUACAUCGACCCUCUCAAGCACGACCCAAUCGAAGCCGAGUGUACCCAGCCACGAAACAUGUCAACUCCGGUGAACGCGAGAGGAUCCGAUAUUAACAGGAACUACUUCAAGAAGUUCAAUCUGAUGUAUCCGGUUGUCCUUCACAUGCGAGACGCAUUCAAUUUCGACGGUUCUCGUCCGAACAUUACACUCGUUGAGGUCACAAACAAGCAACUACGCAUGGGAUGGAAGGGUCCUCUGGUUGUGUACUCAAAGGAUGCCUUCCACUCCUCUACUUGCCAGGACAUCACUCUGUCGGACUUCCGCACCUUUCUUGACUUUUGCAAGAAAUACGAAGCUUCAGAUGGAGGUCUCAGUGACUCUUUGAAAGCGAACAACUACCUUGAGCUCGAGUUGACAAAUCCAGGUCUCUUUAAAUGUCUCUUGCUCCAUAACUCCGCCAAUCAGACCUUUAGAGGUGUGGAGAUUACUUGCGAAGGCGACAGACACUUCCUGGCAACCGAACAAUUUCUCUCCGUAGAUGUUCCGAUCGUCCAUCCAAUCUUCGACGACGUCAAUAAUGACAAUGGCUACAUUGCUGGAUUUGGGGCCACCGAGGUCUCAAAGAUGAUACGACGUCCCUUGCUCGUUCGACGCAUCUUCCCUGACAAGCAGUGGAACAAUAGCAACUUCAUUUUCUUCUUCCGGCCUCAAAACUGGUACAGCAACUCUGUAGCCGAGUACCUCAACCUCAAUACCGAUAUCACCAGUACGGAAUGGGGCUGCCGCGACCCUGGUUAUAGCCGUGGCCAAAUCUACUCUCGAGUUCUGGUUGUUCGUGAAGAUAAGUUGGCGAUCACGGCGCACCAGGUUGAGGCGGUCGCUGCGUUCUUCAAGCAUGUAUUUGAGACGUUGGAUAGACAGAAGUUGGUUCAACUCGGAGGAUUGAGCGGACCGCCUUUGUAUGCCGCGAGAGACAAUCUUAUGGCUGCGAAUGUGUCGAGGGCUAGGUUUGUGCAGUUCUUCACAAACUUCAGGAAUCAGAAGGUUGGAGGCGGCGAUGCUACGUGGGCAAAUGAGGUUGUACCAUAGGGUUUGGCUGCAAGGGAACUAGCUUCUUUGGGUCUGGAGGAGGACAGCUGAACUGCAUAGGUGUAGGGCACGCAGUGGGGGUUUAUUUCGAUCUUGGGGGCUUUGAUAAUGCUCUAGUCUUACUGGGACAUUUAGGAUAGUGGCAAAAAGAUGCUGAC